AUGUAUGGGAAGUCUGGCAAUCUCGCGGAGGCGCGCGGGGUCUUCCGGGAGAUCUACGCGAGCCAGUGCGUGAUCUCGUGGAACACGAUGAUGAGCGCUUGCAUCCAGCAGGAGAGAGACGAGGAGGCGCUGGCGCUGUUCCAGGAGAUGAUCUCCACCGGAUCGAUCGCGCCGGACAAUGUGAGCUGCGUGCUCGCGCUCACCGCGUGCGCGAAUCUGGAAGCGCUCGAGGCCGGCGAGGCGAUCCACGCGAUCGCGCUGGAAAUUGGGCUGCUGGUGAUCGAGAACCCAGUGCUGAUCAACUGCGUGCUCCAUCUCUACGGCCGAUGCGGGCGACUGGAUCGAGCAGCGGCGAUCUUCCGCGAGCACCGCGGCGACGAAUCCCUGGUGUCGUCCAACACGAUCAUCGGCGCCUUCGCGCAGCACGGGCGAUGGAAGGAGGCGCUGGCGAUCUUCCGCGGCAUGCAAAUCGCCGGGAUCCGCCCCAGCAAGCUCACAUUCGCGGCGGUCCUCGACGGCUGCGCGAAUCUCUCGGCACUCGCCGAGGGGCGAUCAAUCCACGCGCUCGCCGCCGCGCUAGGGCUCGAGCAAGAAGCCGUGGUGGCCACAUCCCUGGUGGACAUGUACGGGCGGUGCGGUUGCCUGACCAUCGCCCAAGGAAUAUUCGAUGCGAUGCCCGCCAAGAACAAGAACGAGCUCGCCUGGAGCACGCUGUUUGGGGCGUAUGCGCAUCGCGGCCGCCUCGGGCAAGCGAUGAAGAUCCUGGGGAGGAUGCAGCAAGAGGGCGUCAAGAUCCACCCGGCGCUCUUCGUCUCGGUGCUCAAUUCGUGCAGCCACGCCGGGAUGCUCGAGGAAUGCCUGCGCCAAUUCGCGUCCAUGCGGCUCGACCACGGCAUCCAGCCCAAGAUGGAGCACUUUGGCUGCGUGAUCGACCUGCUGGGGCGAUUGGGGGCGCUCGCCGAGGCGGAGCGAUUCAUGGGCAGGAUCCCCGGCGGGCGUCCCAAUCUUCUCAUCUGGAUGAGCUUCCUGGGGUCGUGCCGGACGCACAGUGAUCUUGAGAGGGCGAAGCGAGCCGCGAGGGAAGCUAUCGCGCUGGAGCCCAGGAGAUCGAGCUCCUACGCCGUGCUCGCGAGCGUUAUCGCAGCUCAAAAGCCCUAA